GCGCUGAUCUGCGCUUGUGAUUUUACGUCGUGUUUAAAAAAUUUGCUUGUUUAUUUUUGAAACGUUGUACAUACGUUUGUAAAAUUGUCAUAAAUAAGUAUAAAACAUGUACUCCUUGGAGGACGAUCAAUAUGAAGACGAAGAUGCGGAGGAAAUUUCGUCGAAGCUUUGGCAGGAGGCUUGCUGGAUUGUUAUUAAUGCUUACUUCGACGAAAAAGGUCUUGUAAGACAGCAACUUGACAGCUUCGAUGAAUUCAUUGAAAUGUCGGUUCAGAGAAUUGUAGAAGACUCGCCGCAAAUCGAUUUACAAGCAGAGGCACAACAUACCUCUGGGGAAAUAGAAAAUCCUGUCAGGCAUCUGUUGAAGUUUGAACAAAUCUAUUUAUCCAAGCCUACCCAUUGGGAAAAGGACGGAGCACCUUCUCCUAUGAUGCCUAACGAAGCGAGACUUAGAAAUUUAACGUACUCAGCACCACUGUACGUAGACAUCACUAAGACAAUUGUGAAAGAUGGGGAAGACCCAAUUGAGACGCAACAUCAAAAAACGUUCAUAGGAAAAAUACCGAUUAUGUUAAGAUCAAAGUAUUGUCUACUUGCUGGUCUGUCUGAUCGUGAUUUAACUGAAUUGAAUGAGUGUCCGCUCGAUCCUGGCGGUUACUUCAUCAUUAAUGGCUCAGAAAAAGUACUUAUUGCACAAGAGAAGAUGGCAACGAAUACAGUUUAUGUUUUCAGUAUGAAAGACGGUAAGUACGCGUACAAAUCGGAAAUCAGAUCUUGUUUGGAACAUAGUUCAAGACCCACGUCCACGUUAUGGAUUAACAUGAUGGCAAAAAGUGGAGCCAGUAUUAAAAAGUCUGCCAUAGGUCAGCGUAUAAUUGCAAUCAUUCCAUACAUAAAACAGGAGAUUCCUAUUAUGAUUGUAUUUCGAGCACUUGGAUUUGUCGCUGAUCGAGAUAUUUUGGAGCACAUCAUAUAUGAUUUUGAUGACCCUGAAAUGAUGGAAAUGGUGAAGCCUUCUUUGGACGAAGCGUUUGUGAUACAAGAGCAAAAUGUUGCUCUGAAUUUCAUCGGUACCAGGGGCGCGAGACCCGGUGUGACUAAAGAAAAACGUAUUAAGUAUGCUCGAGAAAUUCUACAGAAGGAAAUGCUCCCACACGUAGGCAUAAGCGACUUCUGUGAAACUAAGAAAGCUUAUUUCCUUGGCUACAUGGUGCACCGAUUGCUGUCAGCCUCCUUAGGUAGAAGGGAACUCGACGAUCGAGAUCAUUACGGUAAUAAACGAUUGGAUCUAGCCGGACCGUUAUUAGCAUUCCUAUUUAGAGGACUGUUCAAAAAUUUGAUGAAAGAAGUCAGGCUGUACGCUCAGAAAUUCAUAGACAGGGGCAAAGAUUUCAAUCUCGAGCUUGCUAUUAAAACGAAGAUAAUUACCGAUGGUUUGAGAUACUCGCUCGCCACGGGUAAUUGGGGCGAUCAAAAGAAGGCUCACCAAGCUAGAGCCGGUGUCUCGCAAGUGUUAAACAGGCUAACAUUUGCCUCGACGCUUUCACAUUUACGAAGAGUGAACUCCCCGAUUGGAAGAGACGGGAAAUUGGCGAAACCUCGUCAAUUACACAACACGUUAUGGGGAAUGUUGUGUCCCGCCGAAACACCCGAAGGCGCAGCUGUAGGACUGGUCAAGAAUUUGGCAUUGAUGGCUUACAUCAGCGUCGGAUCUCAACCGUCUCCGAUUCUCGAAUUCUUGGAGGAAUGGUCGAUGGAGAACUUAGAGGAAAUCGCGCCAAGCGCCAUAGCCGAUGCUACGAAAAUAUUCGUAAACGGCUGCUGGGUCGGUAUUCACAGGGAUCCGGAUCAAUUGAUGGCUACUUUACGUAAACUGAGAAGACAAAUGGACAUCAUCGUAUCGGAAGUAUCUAUGAUAAGAGAUAUCAGAGAUCGUGAAAUCAGGAUAUACACUGAUGCAGGAAGAAUCAGUAGGCCUUUGUUAAUCGUCGAAAACCAGACGUUAUUAUUGAAGAAAAGACACAUCGACAUGUUGAAAGAAAGAGAUUACAAUAACGACGGAUGGCAGGAAUUAGUUGGUAGCGGAGUCGUGGAAUACAUUGACACCUUGGAAGAAGAAACAGUCAUGAUCGCGAUGUCACCCGAAGACUUGAGGCAAGAGAAAGAAUACGCUUAUUGUACGACGUACACGCACUGCGAGAUUCAUCCAGCUAUGAUCUUAGGCGUGUGUGCCUCCAUUAUACCAUUUCCAGAUCACAAUCAAAGUCCAAGAAAUACUUAUCAAAGCGCUAUGGGCAAACAAGCCAUGGGUGUCUACAUUACGAACUUUCACGUUCGGAUGGACACUUUGGCGCACGUACUGUAUUAUCCCCACAAACCUCUGGUGACCACAAGAUCUAUGGAAUAUCUUAGAUUCCGUGAAUUACCAGCUGGAAUCAACAGUAUAGUCGCUAUAUUAUGUUAUACUGGCUACAACCAGGAAGACAGCGUUAUCCUGAAUGCCAGCGCCGUUGAACGAGGUUUCUUCAGAUCCGUGUUCUACAGAUCUUAUAAAGACUCGGAAUCGAAGAGGAUCGGAGAUCAAGAAGAACAGUUCGAGAAACCUACGCGACAGACUUGUCAAGGAAUGCGCAACGCCAUUUACGAUAAACUGGACGAUGAUGGGAUCAUUGCUCCUGGAAUUCGUGUAUCCGGAGACGACGUUGUCAUAGGUAAAACUAUUACUCUACCAGAAGCGGACGACGAAUUGGACAGUACGACGAAACGUUUUACGAAGAGAGACGCGUCGACCUUUUUACGGAACAGCGAAACUGGCAUCGUCGAUCAGGUGAUGCUGACUUUGAACAGCGAAGGGUACAAGUUUUGUAAAAUUCGAGUGCGCAGCGUUCGUAUACCGCAGAUCGGUGACAAAUUCGCUUCGCGGCACGGGCAAAAGGGUACGUGCGGUAUACAAUACAGGCAAGAGGACAUGCCGUUCUCGUGCGAGGGUCUCACGCCAGACAUAAUCAUCAAUCCCCACGCUAUUCCGUCUCGUAUGACCAUCGGUCACUUGAUCGAGUGUAUACAAGGGAAGGUGUCCGCGAAUAAAGGUGAGAUCGGUGACGCUACUCCGUUUAACGACGCCGUGAACGUACAAAAGAUCUCCACGCUCCUUCAAGAAUAUGGAUAUCAAUUGAGAGGGAACGAAGUUAUGUAUAAUGGUCACACCGGUCGCAAAAUAAACGCUCAAGUAUUUUUGGGGCCAACUUAUUAUCAGCGGCUGAAGCAUAUGGUGGAUGAUAAGAUACACAGCAGAGCUAGGGGACCGGUACAAAUUUUAGUAAGGCAACCGAUGGAGGGAAGGGCGAGAGACGGAGGUUUGCGUUUCGGUGAAAUGGAACGGGAUUGCCAAAUUUCUCACGGGGCCGCGCAAUUUUUAAGGGAACGCUUGUUCGAAGUCUCCGAUCCGUAUAGAAUACACAUAUGUAACUUCUGUGGUUUAAUUGCAAUAGCGAACUUAAGAAAUAACACGUUCGAGUGUAAAGGAUGCAAGAACAAAACGCAGAUAUCUCAAAUUCGAUUACCGUACGCGGCGAAAUUACUUUUCCAAGAGCUUAUGGCCAUGAAUAUUGCCCCCCGAUUAAUGGUAGCAUAAGUAAUAUAGUUCGGACAGAGUAUUUGCAUUGUUUUUUAUGUCAAUUGUAAGUUCUAUGAACCGUGUAAUAAUUGCUUUAAGUGAACAUCGUUUUCAAAUCAGAUGAAUAAAAGUAUUGAAAAUGUA